CUCGAGGACUGUUUUCAAGAUUAUGAUCCACUGAGAAAAGGACACGUCACAGCCGGAGAUUUUAAGGAAGCUCUAAAAAAGUCAUUUGGAGGACUUCUCACGGAAGAGCAAGUAGAAGAGAUGCAGACCCGGUAUCGCAUGGUUGAUAAUCUGGAUUGCUACGACUGGCCAAAGUUUCUUCAUGAUAUUGAAAAAGAUUCAAAUCAAACCUCUCCCAAGCCUCAUCAUAAACCCACGCGGCUUCAAAAGGAAGCUGUGCUGAAGAAAGUUGCCGCUCAGCGGAUGAAAGGCAAACAGGAUAUUACAGAUUUACUGGCUCAAGCCUCUCUUCGUGAUUCCAAUGGGAAUGAGAAAAUUGGCCAAAAAGAGGAAGAAGUUCUUCAGUUUCUUAAGGGGAUUGCCGACAGAGAGGAUUUGGAGGUGAUUGUUGCUGUCUACGGAGGCGAGACGAGUUUUAAGUGGCAAGAGUUUCUGAAGGAUCUCCAGAAAGUGGAAGAUUGUCAUAAAAAAGCAAGACCGGCUUCAAGACGAAACAAGGUUUCACCGCAGUCGAAUGGAUUUACCAUCGAUAUCCCAGAUGAAAAAAUACUGAAGACCCAAAAAGAGCGCCUAUCCUUUCGUCAAACUCGCAAGCGAUUUUCCAUUUCCUAUGAAACACUAGUUUGGAUUGUUUUUGUGAUUUCAACAGCCCUGUGUGUGAUUGAUCGCUUUGCGCUCAGAGGGGAUAUGAUUUUAGGAAGAAGUGGAAAGUUCCCGAAGAAGCUUUGGGGAACUCACCUGGGAGAGACCACUACUAACGUUGUGUGGGCCAUCACCGCAAGACUGAUCAUUACUUCUCAAAACUUAAUGUUCUACACGAUGAUGAGUUGCCUCCCGAACUUAAUCUGCGAGAUCGCUCCAAACUGGAUCACGAUAGACGGAAUCCGUAAUGUUCAUACAAGAAUUCAUACUUUUGCUGGAAUUUUCCUUUUAGCGAUACCUUCCCUGGCUCAUGUUCUUAUCAUUUUUGUUCCGCCCCUAAUCGAUGGCACUCAACUGAAGUAUUAUCCACCAAGUACCUUCAACUACAGCGAAUAUCCUGAUCACUUAAACUGGACGAAGUUCUGGGAUCCUGCAGCAGUUCAAGGCUGGAUUUUUAACGAUCACAAGGGAGUUCAUCUAACGUCGGACGAGAUUUAUCGAUUCAUGCUCGUUAUCGUCAUAUUCUGCUUAUUUGUCCCCCUUAGUAGAUCGAAUUAUGCCAAUAAAAGAAGCUAUUCAUUGGCAAUGGCCUUGCACGUUUUUGCCGGGAUCUGGUACGCCAUUGACAACAUCCGAAAGAUCACCCAUGGUCUGUCGCAAGUGGCUAAUCUUCCCAUUUUAGUUCUCUGGUGCAUUGACAAAAUUCUCUCCAUUUUGUGCUAUCGGCGCAACUGCGGCCACAUUGUGAGAAGGGAAGUCCUUGGAGACAACGAAUACGUAAUAAUGUACGUAAAACUGGACAGUGACGUUAAACACGCUGUUGGUGAUGUUUACUAUCUUCUUCACACAAGAAAAGAAAACACCGGAAUGCUACCACAGCGGUCUCAUCCCUUCACAACUUUUGCAAAUAUGUCACAAGAUUCAACUUGGGACAUUGGUUUGGUGAUAUCAGUAAUUGAGGAUGACCAGCAGAUGUGCCUCCCUUGGACAAAGUGGCUUGCUACCAACGACGAGAACAUCACCCUCCAUACAUGGGGACCCUAUCGGUCAUCUGUUUGGAAGCUUUAUGAACAGAUAAUUGAUGCAUCAGAUAGAAGUUCGCCUUCACAUUUCGUUUUGUUCGCGACUGGAUCUGGUUGUGGCUACAUCUUAGAUGUCCUCAGUUGUUUGGCCAACACAUAUGAACCGUCACAGCAUAAAAGCCAAACUAGUAAACAGAUCAAAAUCGACAUUUUCUACUCAGUCAGAUGUAGGGCAUUUUACGAAUUCCUGCGGGGACCCAUCGAAGACCUCCUGCGGAAGAUCAAAGAAAAAGACGUUGCUACUAUAACGUUUCAAUUUUAUGUCACUGGUUCAGAAGUGGGAGAUGUCGCAGAUGACACAACGGAAUCGCCAAUUCAACUCAUCCAUGGCCGAAUUAACUUCGAGAAAGCUUUGAAGGCUGCCAACAAGAGGUCCCGUUGUUACUUUAUCGGAAGGCCUGCGAUAGCCGAAGAGGUUUUAGGAAUAUGCCAAAAGAAAGGAAUACAGCUUGUUAAAGAUUACACAAACGGGCGUGGAAACCAAGAAGACCGUCGUUUACUUAUAAAAUACCUUAGGAUAAGUUUUUGGGUAAUAUUUGUCACAACCGCCGUUUGCGUCGCCAUAAGUCUUGUGAUUGAUGUCAAAUCAAUCAAACACUCACUGGAAAUCUUAGCAAUGAAUAGGACAAAUUAGUUGGUCCGUGUAUUAGUUAGUUUUACAAACCAGUUACGUCGUUAGUUUUUCAUCUUCUAAAGGGAACAGUCGCCAUUUAUCGCCGAGGGUUGAGGGGGAGGGGGGAGGGGGAGGGGCUGAGGAUUUUGAUUGUGUCCAGCAUUCUAUAAUCACUUGAUUUUCAUGAGAAAAUUUACCUGCUCCUCCCAUAGGCUCUGUGAUAUUCUCAUGAUCCUCCUUCACUGACAGUCGAUUUUGUUAAGUCCCACCUCUAUACUCUGUGGGUGACGAUUCCCCCCCCCCCCCAUGUUCCCCCUGAAAACAAUGGGAUGCCCCCUGAAAAAUCCUCCAACCCCCCCUUCCUUCCCAUCCCCCAGGUAAUAAAUAAUGACAGGUUCCUCACGAGAGGCUCUUUAGGCCAUUCUGCUGAGAAUUAACGAUAAAACCAUGAAAAUCAAGGUACUUGUCUUGAAAGACUGGUUUAAAAAAAUGAAACAGUUAAAUAUUACAGGUCAUUACAAAGUAACAUUUCAAAAUUUACCCUCAAUGUCAAAAACAAUUGUGAUAAGGAGAUUUACGUCAACUAUGGAACCCACUUUAGGUCGACUUAUUCUUGAAAUAUGAAGCAUAAAACAUCGCCAACUGUUUACACGUAUCCUUUACAAAAAAAUUUUACCUUUGAAUGUUUUUUAAUGUUAUAUCGGGAGCAAUUCCGAGUCUUUUAUGCUAUUUUUGCUAGGCCGAGUCACAAUGCAUCCAACGGUAGAAUUCAAAUUUUCAUUUUUUACAAAAUAUUUAUCGUGCGCUAGCUUAUGUUUUUUCUUCUACUAUUAGAACGACGUCACUCUUAAGAAGCGUUACAUGAGGUAGUACUAAAUUAACUUAACAUUUUCAAGAGCGAACAGAUCCCUCUUUAAAUAAGAUCCACUUUCCCUAAAAUUGUCAGUUUUAUGACUGAUUUCUGAUUGUUCAAAGAUUUUCAGAAAAUCUUGAUUAGUGAUAAAAGUUGGGAGCUUUCUUCAAAUAAAAUAUUCUACUUUGAAAUUGAA